AUGUGUGAGAUAAAAUAUUGGAGACGAGAAGUUCAAGAUAAGGAGAAGUGGCGUAAAACAAUCAAUAAAGAAGUUAAGCCCACAACAGUCCGAUCGGAUGCAGUUCAUGUCAUACAUGAACAUGAAGAAAGAGCAAAAAAACGUCGGACAGAUGAUAGUCUUCUUGAUUGUAAUAAAAAAAUGAAUAGUCCUCCAAGUCCAAGUACAACAACAGUAAUAAAUGUUGAUGCAACAUGCUCACUAUGUGGGCGAACGUUUAAAAGCAAACGAGCUAUGAACAUACAUAAACGAGUAUGUAUACAAAAACGAUCAACGGAGGCAUCAACUGAUACUAAGGAGAUGCAUCAACUAACAGCAACGUCAUCAACAAAUAAGAACACUGCCACAAAAAAUAUGAAAAUAAUAAAUUUACUAAUAAAAAAAGAUGAAAACAAAUACAUAUGUCCAAAUAAUAUGUGCCGAAAAAUAUUAAAACCACAAGGUGCAACAAUGCAUGUCAAAGCAUGCGCUAAAGCAUGGCUGAUCGAACAAGAAGUUCAAACUUAA